AUGACCGAUAUCAUAAAUCAAACAGAUAUUUUACGUCUUUUAUGGGCUUACGUUGCAUCGGACGAUGAUUAUCGUUCGUUAUCUCAAGUAGAUCAUUUUUCGCCAAGAAACAUAUACCCGCAAAUCUACCAUUGCCUCAGAAAAGCCAAAAAUAUCAAUUUUCCACGUCUCGAAUGGUUCAAACAUUCAUUCAAUAAUUUUAUGAACAAAAAAAAAUUUAAAAAAAUGUCAAGCAAAGCUGAAAAAUUUGUUUGCGAUAUUUGCAAAAAAUCUUUCAAGAAACCCGAGUUGAGAGUUCACAUGGAAAUACAUUUGAGUGACCGCAUCAAAGAUCAUCCAGACAGCAAAAAAUGCCAACAUUGCCCGAGAUUUAUCUUAAAAGAAAACAUGAGGGAACAUCACUUAAAGAAUCACAAACAGCGAAAAUGUGAGGAGUGCGGAAAAUGUUUCUACAGCAAAACACCUUUUUUCGCACACAAAAGAACUCACAAAGAAAAGAGAUUCGCCUGUGAGGUUUGUGGAUUGAAAUUAUCUCAUAAAAAAUCCUUACAAAAUCACUUGAAAUCUGUUCAUAUAAAAAGUGCUCCGCAGUCAAAAUGUGAAUUUUGUGACAAAAUAAUUUUGACCGGAAGUUUAAAAAAGCACAUUCUUAACGUACAUGAGAAAAAAUUCAAUUUGAAUUGUGUUGUUUGCAAAAAAGGUUUUCCAAGCUCAAUUCAUUUACGAGAUCAUCUGGCCUUGCAACAUUUAGAACAAGAACUUUACAAAUGCGGAAUUUGUGACAAGAGUUUAACAACGAAACAUGGCUUGGAGAAACAUGUCAGAGAGAUACACGAAAAAAAUGUUAUCGCAAAAUGUGACAAUUGUGGAAAAACUUUUGUGCAGUUGAGUAACUACAAGAGACAUUUGAAGAUGCACGAGACGAAGCCGUUUAGUUGCGAUCCUGACUCAUGCGGCAAAUAUUUUGAAACAAAAGAAGAUCUGGAGAAACAUCUUUUGAAACGUCAUAAAAAAAUUAGAAAAACAUUGAGUUAAUUUUAGUUAAAAAAUUUAUGAA